AUGACCGGCGGCGACCCCUCUCCGACCCUGGCGCCGCCGCCGAAAGGCGGGAAGGAGCCAAGCACCACCAACACCACCCUCUCCCUCCGCGCGGGCCUCCCACCUGCAGCCGUUACCGGUAGCAGUCAUGGCCGCCGAAAGCAACGGCGGCGGAAGGCGCGCCGAGCUUCACCCAUACACAAGCUCGGCGACGACCUCCUGCUAGAGGUCUUCCUCCGCCUCCCCUCCCUCGCCACUCUUGUCCGUGCUGCUUUCACCUGCCGCGCGUGGCGCUGCGCGGUGGCCUCCUCCCCGGACUUCCGCCGCCGCUUCCGUGCCAUCCUCCCGGCGCCCCUCCUCGGCCUCUUCUUCGAUGCCCCUGGUCCCGCGCGGGAUUCUAACGCACCUGCCUUCCCAACAUUCGUCCCCUCCCGCCGCCGCGACAGGGAUCUAACUGCCGCCGUCCGCGGCGGCGAUUUCUUCUUAACCUGCAUUGAGGACCUUCCCGACGAAGCCCCUUCCUGGGAAAUGGCCGACUGCUGCCAUGGAUGUGUCCUCCUCAUGAAUUGGGAACUUUCAUCACUCGUCGUGUUCAACCCUUUGGCGCGGCAGAGUGAGGAUGUCUUUGAUGUGGGCUCUGACGAUAUGUUUGACGACCACCGUGGCCAGUACGGCCAGGCUCUCCCUCGCUUGCUCAUCUCUGCCGAGGACCCUACGUCAUUCCACGUGGUGCUUCUUGCCUAUGACAGGGUACAUGACGAGCGUAGGGUUCUAGAUUGCGAUAUUAGGAGUUUCUUUUGUGGAGAGGCUGAGAUGGAUCAAGCACUUGAGAGGCCCCCAGAUUUUCAGCCACACCUCCAUGUCUUUGCCUUGCCAUUAUUCUUUUCGAAGGUCGAGAAAGCGUGGGGUCUUGUACAGUUUGAGUCCACCUGUGUAAUGUUAUUUGCCAAUCAUAUAAACAAGCAAGUAGAGAAAGCAUUAUAUGAUCCUCCAGCACAAGAAAUAGAUUAUGCAGAAAAUAAAAGCCUCAUGCUGCUUCAGUACAAGGAUAAUUAUUCAGUUAACUGA